UGGAAUGGUUGGCUGUACCAUGAUGACCGUACAGUUUUAAGGUACUUGACGCGCAGUGGGCACAAUCCAAUUCAAGGUUCUGGCCUGAGCUUGUCGGCAAGAUGUCUAGCACAUGUGAGGUCUGCAGUUUGGAAUCUCCUAAAUACAGGUGUCCUACCUGUGGGUUGAUGAGUUGUUCGCUGGCCUGCACUCAAUCGCAUAAGAUCUACUGUGCACCGAAAGCCCCGUCACCGAAAUCGCCCGAUGACUCCAACCACGAUCAACAACCGUCGAAGAGUGUCAACGGCCACGGCGCCGAGGACGAUGCUGUCCGUCCGCCCGCAGUAGGGUCAUCCGCCCAGCUCACAGAGCUCUUGGACCGAUAUCCUUCGCUUCGCGAGGAGCUACGAGAAAUCUACAAGACGACCCUCGAAGAAGAGUGGGUUGAGCCGCCGCAGUUUGCCGGUCGCGGACGGGGAUUUGGCCAGCGAGGCAGAGGAGGAGGAGCGCACCGGAACCGAGGACCCUGGACUCGCGAAAAAGGGUUCAACCGCGGAUUAGGCAAAGUUAGAAAGCUCCGGGAAAGAUGUGACGAUGGAUCGGAGAUCGGACAGAAAGCGGAAGGAUUCGUCCGAUUCAUGACUCUGGUGAUUGGAGAAGAUCAGGCUCCAUCCGGGGAGGGUGUAUGAAAGGGAGGUGGGGCCUCGGGGCGUCCCAUCAGCCUUCCAAGGAUGUCGGCGGGGACGGAGGCGAGUGACACCGACGCCUUUGGGACCA